AUGACCAGCGUCCGUCAGUUUUCGCGGUACGCGAGGAGGAUCGGCCAGCUCGCCGACAACGCUCCGAAGACGUUGCACCGGUCGGCGAGGUGCUCGUCGACGCAGGCCCAGCGACAGAUCGUCGAGAACGAGAAUGGGAAACGGAUUUUCUCGUCGCCGUACGGCGAGUACACUUUCAUUGAGAUGUUUACGCACGAUUACGUCUGGAGGAACCUCCAGGAUUUCGCCGACAGAAUCGCCUUGGAGUGCGCGGCCACCGGACGGAAGUACACGUACAGCCAGGCGAGGGACGCCUCUAAUUACAUCGCCAGAAGUAUACUGAACAUGGGCCUGAGAAAGGGGGAUGUGGUCGCCUUGAUAUCGCCCAAUUAUCCGGAGACGGUUCUCGCGUUGCUGGGCAUCCUUGAGGCCGAUUUGACAGUGACCACUGUUAAUCCGUUCUACACACCUGAGGAGAUCGCCAGGCAAUUGAAGAGUUCCGGGGCGAAGGCGAUCAUCACGGUGACAGAGAUCGCGAAGAAUGUUGCUGCAGCAGCGAAGACAACCAUGGCACCGAAUGCGCCUUUCAUGGUCAUCGACGACGGCACCGGACCGAUACCCGAGGGCACUAUACCGUUCUUGGACCUAAUCACACGCGGCAAAACGUUGCCACCCAUAAAGCACAGCCAUGAUAACAUCAACGACGUUGCGAUCUUGCCCUAUUCAAGCGGAACGACGGGUUUGCCGAAGGGUGUCAUGCUGACUCACAAAAACCUGGUCGCAAAUAUGGACAUGACCGAGCAAACUGUCAGCGGGAAGAUGUGGGAGUUCACAUCCCCUGACUUCCAGGAGGUGAUACCAGUCAUCCUGCCUUUCUUCCACAUCUUCGGGCUGAACUCGUUGACGUUGCCGCGACUCUCCACCGGAACGAAGCUCAUCACAGUCCCGAAAUUCGUGCCGGCGCAGAUCUUGCAACUCAUGGCGACGCAAAAGAUGACCGGUUUGUACAUAGUUCCGCCGAUACUGCUCUUCCUGAACGCUGCUCCGCACGUGAAGAAAGAGAUGCUGGAGAACGUUCAUCACGCCAUCAUCGGGGCAGCGCCACUGUCGGAAACGGACGUCCAGAGGUUCUACGACAAGUUCGGGCUGGACAACGAAAAGAUGAAGUUCUGCCAAGGGUACGGGAUGACCGAGACCUCGCCGGUCGUUUCCUUCGAGGUGACGGGGACGAAGCCGGGAAGCAUCGGCAAAACCAUAGUCGGAUGCGAAAUGAGAUUGGUGGAUCCUCUCACCAACAAAGAUGUCAGCGGUCCGGGCGAGAACGGCGAGAUCUGGGUGAGAGGGCCCCAUGUCAUGAAGGGCUACCUGAACAACGAGGCCGCGACCAGAGAGAUGAUGCACGAAGACUGGCUGAAGACCGGCGACAUUGCUUAUCACGACGAGGAAAACUUUUUCUAUGUGACAGACAGACUGAAGGAGCUAAUCAAGGUCAAGGGAUUCCAGGUCGCGCCUGCGGAGCUCGAGGCCUUGCUGAGAACUCAUCCAGACGUUGAAGAGGCGGCUGUGAUCGGUGUGCCGGACGCCAGACACGGCGAGGUGCCGAAAGCCUUCGUCCUGACGAAGAAGGGCGCGGCGCCGAAACCUGAACAGCUGCAGGACUUCAUAAAGGGGAAGGUGGCGAGCUACAAGGAGCUGCUAGGCGGAGUGACGUUCGUGGAUAACAUCCCGAAAAACAGCAGCGGGAAAAUCCUGCGGAUACAACUGAGGAAUAUGUCGAAAUAGCGAACGUCCCUCGGACGUUCCUGACAUAAGGAAUAUUCUGUGAUGCUUCGAUCAACAGUCUGCGGCGUGACGUGAUCGGCUGCCAUUCUGCUGACAGGGUAAUAAUGACGGGAAAAAGGACGAAAAUAAUCGGCCGUGAUGGGGAUCACAUGAUUGUUAUAUCGAGGCUGUGGGAGCGUGCUGUUAUCCGUUGACUUGUUAAACGGCUGAUGUACGCCGGGUUCAUGGAUCUCGUUGGGAGAUGCGGCAUUUCGACGACCAUAAGUCUCCUGAUCGAGAGGAGGGAGAGGAACGCGGCGGAACGUAAUGUGUCGUAUACUUCUAACUAUAGUACCUAAUUACCUUAACGGAGGACAUGGUUGCGGGAUGGCGCAUUUGCGGCCGGCACGCCUAUAUUUUUGAUGUUGAUCGAUAUUUUAUCGUUAUAUCGUUUUUCUUUUUUUUUUAUGUUAACUGGUGCUAUCUCUGACAAUGCAGUUAGUUUGUAAGGAUCAGCUCGUACCGUUCAUCGGACGAUCUUAAACGACGUGUAAUUUUUAUAGACCAUUUGUACCACGAAGUACCAGGUGUUUAAAAAAUAAAAGCUUUUACACUUA